CAAAGUUGUGAUUAGAAAUCAAAGUAAUUAAAAUAUUCAAUUAGCAGUGAAAUAACGUGUAAAAGUGAUGGAUUUCGAUGCUCUACUUGCUGAGGUUGGCGAUUUUGGUCCAUUUCAAAUUACAUUAUUUUUUGUAAUAUGUUUACCGGCAAGUUUACCUUCCGCAUUUUCGGCUUUCAAUCAACCAUUUGUUGUUGGUCAACCUGAUCAUCGUUGUCGCUUACCAGAAGGUCGCGAUGAUUUAACUCCAAUGAAUGAAUUUGCUACAUCGGAAGAAAUGAAUUGUCGACAAUAUAAUGCUACCGAAGUUGAUCAAUUUUUAAAUUCUACCACUAAUUUUAUCAAUGUGAAAGAAUAUUUGCAAAAUUUAUCAUUGAUAUCAUGUCAAAAAGGUUGGAUCUAUGAUGAUAGCAUCUAUGUUGACACAUUGGUCACUGAG